ACUAUCUAUGGCUACCUCAUGAAUCAAACAAACAAAAAACUAUUAUAAACAAUCUAUCCAUAAUAACAAACUAAAAUUUUCAAACUCAUUUGGUUAUAAAAGGUCAUUGUCCCUUUGUUUUUCUUUGGUGUAAACUUGUACCCCAAGACACCCAUUUCAACAUUUUAUUUUAUUUUUGUUCAACAAAAUGAAAAUGGCAAGUAUUAUACUUGUGACCCUUUUUUUAUUCAACUUGGUUUUCGUUCCUUCAAUGGCUCUUCCAUUUGGAUUUGGAUUUCCAGGUGAUUAUGAUCAACAACAACCACCACAAGAUAAUGAACAAAACCAAGAUAAAAAUCAAAAGCUUGUGAAUGAUGGUAAUAAUGGUAACCUUAGGGUAGGGUUCUAUAAGGACAGUUGUCCCAAUGCUGAAAAUAUUGUGGCUGGUGCUCUUGCUGAGAUUUCUAAGACAAAUCCAAAUGCAAUUGCUAACCUCAUUCGUCUUCAAUUUCAUGAUUGCUUUGUUGUUGGAUGUGAUGCAUCAAUCUUGCUAGACUAUUCACCAACAGGAGACAAAGUAGAAAAAAGUUCAAUGUUCAAUGGUCAACUCCUCAAAGGAGCUGAUAUAAUUGAUGACAUAAAAUCCAAGCUAGAAGAACAAUGUCCAGGAGCAGUGUCAUGCUCAGAUACAUUAGCAUUUUCAGUCAACGAAGGAAUGGCCAUUGCCGGUUUACCUCGUAGAGCCGCUCUCGGAGGGCGUAGAGAUUCGAUCUAUUCCCUCGCAUCGGUCGCCGAAGACAACAACCUUCCAAUGCCUAAUUGGCCAUUGGAGAAAAUGGUUGAACUUUUUACAAGAAAAGGUUUCACAAUUGAAGAAAUGGUUAUCUUACUUGGUGCUCAUUCAGUUGGUUCAGCUCAUUGUGAUGUUUUCAUGGAAAGAAUUUACAAUUUUGCUAACACAAGGAAACCUGACGCUACGCUUCCAACUCCAGUGGUUAAUGAGCUUCAGCAAAUAUGCCAGAACCCUGGGACACCACAAUUUAGAAACCCUCCAGUUAAUUUCGAUGAGACGCCAACCGUGCUCGAUAACUUGUUUUACAAGAAUAUGAUAACAAGAAACAAGACGCUUUUGAUAACUGAUGCUCAUUUGCUUAAUGAUCCUAGGACAAUUCCUGUUGUUCAACAGAUGGCUGGUGAUGAGGGUUUGUGGCAAAAGAGGUUUGCUGAGGUUAUGGUUAAGUUGAGUUCUUUGAAUGUUUCAACUGGGACUGAUGGUGAAGUGAGGAAGACUUGUAGGUCCACUAAUUAAGUCAAUGUGUUGUUUAAUUAACAUAAGUAUUUGAAAAUUGUAAUGUUUGGCUCAAUUUGUUUUUCUUUUUUGUCAAGAUAGUGUGAUGUAAUGAUGGAUGAUUUCUUUUACCCAAAAAAUUAAGGAUGAUUUCUUGUAUGGUUU